AUGACAACCAUCCUCUCUACAGACGCCCAGCCAAUCACAGCCGCGACACGGCCAAUUCUACCAGAGACGAUCGACGGCCGUCUUUUUCUAGGUCGACGUCAUUUCCUACAAGCAGUCAAAGCACCGUCUGUCAUAGCUGUCAGUGCUCGCGACCAACACGCCGUGGACUGCAACACCGCCUGCUGGUCCACACUCCAACCGGCACAUGGCACCGCCCACUCACCAUCCUGCCAUGCGUCAACUACCACGUCAACCGCCAAAGUCGUGCCCGUAAACGCCAUCUCGCCCAUGGCUCCACGCCGCUGGCUGUGGCCUUGCUCCGACUCCCAUGUCCUUCGCCUGCCUGCCUACCAGAAGCCCUCCCUCCAGGCUUGCCUCAUUCACCCCGAAAAUCCUGACCAAAUCCUGGUCCACGACUCUGACGAUGAUCUUGACGACAAUUUCCACUCGGCCAAACGCCGACGCAUUGAAUCUAUUGCCCAUGCCUUCCUCAAUGGCCAGCCCAUCUACAUCCCCUCUGCCAGACUGAGAGGCCCAUUUCCCGCCGACAGGGACUUGUCAACCUGCUACGAUCUCUCUUCGAGCCCUGAUGAGCAUCCCGUUUCGCCUCCACCCGCUGUCACCGCCGACACCUUCAUUCGUCGUAGACCCGAACACCUCCGUCCAAAGUCGAUCACUCCUGACACUGCUCUUACGCCGUCCAAGCCUCGCCAGUCUUCUCCCGUUGCUACUGAGAGGCCCAUAAGCCGACCACAAUCUUCUCGACACUCUCCUCGCUUAACCACCAACAAAUCUUUGAGGUUUAAUGUUCCAUCAUCUGCGCCCUCAGAAGCGAGCACAGUAUUGCCGCCACUGCCUCAGUUCGUUGCCAUCAACAAGGUCUCACUGCAAGCUCGCAACUCGCCAAAUCAGCCACCGACUUCCACCGUCCCGUCUUCAAGGGUCCGCAUACCCGAUACAGACUUCGUCUCUCCUAGUCCACCGCCUUCCAAGGAUGACAUAUCUCCAAGCAAAGCCGCUGUCUUGAGACAAAGGCCUGCUUCCCUUUUGAACAAGAUUGGCAAAAUCCCUUCCUCAACGGGCAAGCUUCCCAGCGUGAAGAAGAACAAGCGACCAACCAAAAGAGUUUACCAGGCUGCUACAUCUUUCGACACUACUUCACCUUUCAUAUACAGAAAGAAUGCCGCACAGUCUAGAAAGGUAUCUGAGCUAGCCAGCUCCAACAGGAUCGAGCCAGAGGAGGUCAUUGUCGAGCCUAAACAGGUGCGCAUUGAUCUUGGUGUCACACCUGGACAUUCUCAGCAUCUAGUGUCGCACCCAAAACGCCAUCAUGUUCUUUUCGAAUCAUCUCUUGAUGUUCCAAAUCCGAAGCAGUCUCGAGAACCCCUAACCGCGGAUGAACCUGUGCCCUCACCAGACAGAACUCGCCACGAUCGUGUACCUGCGAUCAACAUGUCUUUUGGCCAAGAGUCUUUCGGCAUGGACUUCAACCUUCUUAAUGGGUCUUUACCUACAUCUUCAAGAAGAAGCAAUGGCGUGGAUGUCGAUGUGGACAACCAGAAUUCACCACCCGCAGUUGUGGCACCAAAUCUCAGCGCCCAGAAACCUCUCUCUGACACCAAUGAGGCACAAAGCGGGCAGAGUAAGACGGGGGAGGUCCCGUCGACUGAUUCGAACGAAACAGAGCUUUCGGUAAUCCAUCCAGAUGAGGAGAAUGGAGAUGUCAGUGGUCCAGCAGCGAACACUUCGGCAGUAGUCAAUGGUGAUCUCCUUGACGUACCCAUGCAAGACAACAUUGUUGAUGAUGGAGCAGAGUCCGAAGAGGAUGUCGCAGAAGAGCUGCCAUACAUCAGUACCCAAGCAGCUAUGCAAGACGCUCAUCGUGCUCUCUUCGACGCAUCUUCACCCUUGCAGCCCCAAGAAGGAAAAUCCGAGGUGCCUUUCGAGACGCCGGCAAAACAGGUUACAAGUCCUCCAUCGAGUCCCAUACACACCAUCACACCAUUCCAUCAAUUCAACGCCGAGUUGACAACUGACACGCAGGCGCCUCUGCCUAACACGCAAGCCUUGUUUGACGGGUUCUACUCUCCAAUCAAGCUCAGUGCCAGAAAACCAAAGACCGCAAAAAGAGCGAGUUUUGCUCCUUCUGUCAUCUUGGAGGACGUUGAUGACACUGUCACGAGCAUCUUUGACUUUCCUGACGACCACAUCGUGCGCGAGAACAAGGAACCCGAAGUUGAACCUGAGCAAGAUGAUGCACCCACUACCACCAACCAUGGUGUAUCGCCUGUACAAGAUCCGCCAAGUCCAAUAGGGGCCCAAGAUCAAGCGAAUCCUCCUUCUCCUGAAGAGACAUCAAGACCUCUCAUCAGUCCGGCAAACCGCAGUGAAUCUCCGGACUUCAUCCUCUCUCAGAGGACUGAACCCCCGACAAGGGAGUCGGCUGGUCAUACCUUGCCUGCUUUCAAGCAGGAUUCAGUCAGCCUCUCAGAGGUGCUGAACUUUGUCAGUCAAAGAAGAGGUAUAGACGUGGACACACUGCUGUCCCAGACUACGCCGACGUCUUCUUCUCGAAGUCUGGACAAGACGAACCGUACCUCUGCUCGUUCUUCAGGAACCAGACCUCGGUCAUCUUUGCCGAAAUCGCGCUCUUCUCAGUCGAACCGUCCACUUCCCGAGAAGAGGGUCGGGCAACGUCGGUCCAUGCGUAUUUCACUCUCACAACCGAUUCGCCAGCUAGACGGUGCGGACGAUGCUUCCGACACGGAACUUGAUGUAGAUGGACCUCCGGCAACACAACCCAAUUUGGGGUUCGCUGGCUCAGGUCGUUCCUUUGCCUUGACCUCGUUUGAUGUGCCUGAUGGUUCUUCUACCAUACCCGAUCCUAGUCUUGCGUUCAACCAUGCGCAGCAGAAUGCAACACCUGCCUCGGAGAGACUUGCCUUUACACCCGGCAGCGCACCACAAAGUACAGGACAAAUCUCCAGCUACCAGCAUGCUCAGAAGCAUUACAGUAGUUUGACCGACCUUGACAGUACGAUGCCAGAUUUACCGCAAACAUUCCUGCCACCAGUUCGUUGA